AUGGAGAAGUGCAGGAAGAGGAACAGUAGCCCCAAAGACACAGUUUUCUUAACUGUGUCUAAUGGUAUCCUGACAACAGACACUCCACCUGAAGAGGCCACUAUUCAAGGUUCUGGUGGAACGAAACUGAUUAUCGAGUCUAGCAGUCCGCUCAUCCUUAAUGACCUGCUGGCCAAAGUGUCCUAUACCAGCACCAUCUACCAUGUAAACACUGGAGACCUUGUUACCUUCCAGUUUGAAAACUAUGAAGCCGUGUUUCCCAUUACCAUCCAGCAGCCUCAGGUACCAAUCCUGUAUGACAUGGGAACAGAUAUCAGCUCUCAAGUCACCAUCAUCACAAAGACCUUCCUGCGUCACAAACAACUGAGGGUGUUGUUGGACAGCAUCCGGAAAUUCUAUAGUGACAUUAAAGUGAUUAUUGCAGAUGACAGCUUACAACCAGAGAACGUUACUGGAGAAAACAUCCAGCAUUACAUCAUGCCUCCAGCACAGGGCUGGUUUGCAGGCAGAAAUCUAGCUGUUUCCCAGGUAACCACCAAGUACUUUCUGUGGGUGGAUGAUGACUUUUUGUUUUCAGAGAAGACGAAGAUAGAGAAACUUGUGGAGGUGAUGGAGGCAGUCCCUGAACUAGAUGUGGUUGGUGGGUCAGUACAAGGGAACCGCUUUUACUUUUCUAUUCUAUAUGAGGAAGGAGAUGAAAAUGAAGGUGGCUGCCUAUACAGGAAGUCUGGUGGAAAAUUCCACCGCCUUCCUGGUUACCCACAAUGCCAUUUGGCCAGUGGAGUGGUCAACUUCUUCCUGGCUCGUACAGAUGCCAUGCAGAGGGUGAGAUUUGACCCUAAGCUCCAGCGAGUAGCACAUUCAGAGUUCUUCAUGGAUGGCCUGGGCUCUUUGAUGGUUGCCUCAUGUGGUGAUGUGACAAUUGACCAUCAGCACAAAAAUCGUAAUCCUACCUACAACAAAUUCAGAUACCCUAAAAGAAGUGAUGCCGAAUUCAAACUGCAGCUUCACUUUUUCAAAAACCACCUUAAGUGCAUUAGAUAUGGAUAG